AUGACCUCACGACCGAAAUCCCCAGAGGUAUGGUCACCAACUAGGUACCUCGCCUUCAACAACGAGCGCAUGAAGCCAGCGCUGGACCUCAUCCACAACAUUUCCAAGCACGACAUGAACGGCAAGCGCAUCGUCGACCUUGGCUGCGGGCCGGGGAACUCGACGCAGGCCCUCGCCGCAACCUGGCCCGACGCCGACGUCACAGGCAUCGACUCGUCCGAGCCCAUGCUGGAGCGUGCCCGGGCCGACGCCGCCCAGGCCGACGGCACCGACGCGUCACGCCACAUCCGGUUCGAAAGGGGCGACUUCGCCACGUGGAUGCCGGCCGACGGCGACGCAAACGCCGUCGACCUCUUCUUCUCCAACGCCGCCUUCCACUGGCUGCGCAGGCCGGAGCGCAUCCCCGCCAUGGUCAGGCUGUUCCGCUCCCAGCGGCCCGGCGGGGUCUUCGCCUUCCAGGUGCCCGACAACUACGACGAGCCGUCGCACGCCCUCAUGCGCGAGGUCGCCCUGCUGCCGGGCAGGGCCUGGACCGACAUCUUCCUCGAGGCCGGGGUGGGGUACCACGGCGCGCUGCCCAAGAAGGUGCGCGACGCGGGCGUCAUGGCCUCGCGCCCGGACCUCGACCCCAUCGAGCCUGCCGAGGAGUACUACGACGCCUUCAUGCCGUACGCUUCCGACCUGGAGAUCUGGAAGACCACCUACUCUCACGUGCUGCCCGGCCCGGCGCACAUCGUCGCCUGGGUCGAGAGCUCCGGGCUCAUGCCGUACCUGUCCGUGCUGCCGACCGAUGCCAUGAGGGCUGAGUUCAAAGCCGAGUAUCUCGACCGUAUCGCGAGGGCAUAUCGCAAGACCUACGACGGCAAGGUUAUCUUGAGGUAUCCAAGGCGCUUCCUAGUUGCCCAGCGAAAGUAG